CAUACAAUGCCCGAGCUCCUUAAACGCGUUGUGGGCGACGGGCCGCUCGCUCCCCCGGUACCGAGCAGUUUUUCCGCGAAUGUUACCACGGUCCAGCUGGAAUUUGCCGACGAGGGGAAGACGAUCUCCCUGCCACUCGAGACUUUACCAGAACUUUUCAAAAACUUCUACGCGUCUCCCUGGUACGCGCUCCGCAAUACCGGCGAGGUUGGAAUAAGCAACAAACACGAUGAUCCAACACCGACCGUUCCCGGUCGCGUUCGCAUGCAGGAGUUUGGCGUUUCCUUUGACGAAUUUGUUCUGGCCCUGCACCGAUUGAGUUCCGGCGAAAAACCGAUUCUCACCGUCGAAGAAGAACGGGAACUCCGGAAUAAGUUGCGGAUUGUCGCGCUCGAUGAGGUUCUCGUUUCGGCACCACCAACCUUGGGGGGAGUCCUUGGAGGCACAGGCAGUUCGACAGCAGAAGGGCGGCACGAAAAAUUUACGCCCAUCUACGAGUUCCUUUCCUUCUUCGACGGCCAGGACUAUUCCAAUUUUGUCGACCUGUACUUCAAGGGCCGAGUCGCGGGCAUCGCUCUCAAAGGGGAGGCGCCUGGUCGUUUAUCCGAGCUGAAAAAUACGUACCAGGGCCUGUACGACUUGCACGACGAAUCCGGCAACUCGCGGAUUAAGGGAGAGCUGAUCAAAACCCUCAGCUUUCCCGAGGACGUCGUCGUCCUUCGGCCCCAGUAUAGUAGCUCUGAAGUCGCAGCUGAUGACUUCGGUAGAAACGGCUACUGCACAUUUCAAGUCGCAAAGGACAAGGUUUGCAAGGAGGUGUUGAAUCAUUUUCCAGAUAGUUGGCAAGAAGAAUUUCUCACGCCUUUCGACCUGAACCCAUGGGACGCUUUCGGUUUGUUUGUGCAGGACAUCCUCUCACAAAGGCUGGAUUUCGGAAACGGCAAGACGGGGCGUUUCGCGCUCUGUGGCGGGUCGGUUUUCACGGCGCUCGCAUCGAAGGAGAUGCAGCACCGCGUCCCGUGUGAGAGACCGGCACCGGACUACGACUUUUUUCUGAUUCUGGAUGGCGUCCACGAUGAUCCACCGCUUUCCUUCGUGCAAACGGCUGCGAAUACUCUGCAUAAGGUUCUCUUGAAAUACUGUGUGAAGGGCGACAAGGAACAGGACGAAGCGGCCGAUCGAAUGUUCAUGAACAAUCUUUUGGGUCUGGGAGCCAUUCAGCGGUCGCAGUGUGCGAUUUCAAUUUACGUGUCGAACCCUGGCGUGUACGGAAAUCCGGUUAUUCCGAUCCAGCUCGUGGGGUGGUAUUCGAGUCUCGAUUAUGGAAGGGUUUGUGGGGGUUUGCGCUUUUGUCAAUCUGGAGACCAGUUGUAAGUACAUGAAAGACAAGUGCAGUGUUGCGAAGUAAAAAUGAUGAAUUUUUCGCCUUGCGGCAGGUGCAACUUUUCAAGUAAAAAUUAUUUCGCGGAUCAUUUUCGUGGCUGCAAAGUGCUAGUUAUGCCAUGAUCUUGGUAAAACACCAGAUCCAGAUCGGUUGUAGUUGUGGUUUCCUCCUUCUUUCCAACCUCCAUGAACCGUCCUGCCUCUCGUCCUUUGACUUGGGCUGUUGUCAGGUGGGCUACGACGGUAACCGCUUUUACGGUACGGCGAAAGCUGUUGCAGCGCUCGCAACGCGGGUCAAUGUGCUGAACGUGAACGACAUUUCCCCGACGUAUGUUUCGCGACUGGGAAAAUAUUUCGAGCGUGGCAUCGGCGUGGCGGUUCCUUGCGAUCGACGUAUCGAGGGCGGCCAGGUGCCGCUGGACGCGAAAGUCGACGACCAGCUGUCCGGCCAGCGGCUCAUGGCGCGGAGGUUGCUGCAGGUGUUCGAAAGUUACGUGCAAAAAAAACUGACAAGUGCUUCGGAGAUUGUGGAAGAGUAUAAAUCGCCAAGUAAGCGGAAAACCGCGGAAUGCCGCUUGCGGGAAGCCCGGAAGGCAGCCUAUUCCACCUAUAUGUCGCAAACCAGUAUCCCCGAGCGGGUAAUCGUCAUGUGCCUGCAAAUGCGGCAACGAGGCUUCUUGUGUUUCGAUUACGAACCUGGCAGCCGGUCGCUGCGGGCCGUUGACGGCAUGCAAACGCGGGAGAGAUAUCCGCUACACCAGCUAGAAACGAGCGACACCGUUGAGGCAACUUCCGCGCACCAGUCUAGAACUUCUGCGUACGACUAUCCGCUGGAUAUUGACGUCGACAACAUUACGGUCCCGGACCACUUCGUACUUCCUGGGCGCCACCGAGGGUCUACUAGAAGAGAAGUCGAGCGGUUGCAGCGCACGGAGCUACGGCUUGCGAAUCAAUCCGUUGAUGCGCCGACCUCGUGUGGGGCGCGCUUGCUGGGACCGGACAUAGACGGCUCAUUGUAUCAGUAUCUGUCAUUCAAUCUUAUGCUGAGAAAAAUGUUUGAACAUAGCUGAGUGCAGUUGCUGUGGUUUCAUCGCGAAUGGUCCGUGCGCUUUGCAAGAAACUGAAAACUGCGAAUCGAAGAACACGCAAUAAGCAGCUAUUUUCAUCUCUUCCAUAUUGGGCAGACUAGGAAAAGAGCCGACUACUUUCGUGACUACAGACUUGCAGACGGCCCUCUGCCCCGUGAACGCGCACCCGGAUAGCCUCAUGCCCGGCGUUUUUAUUCAGGUCAGCGAAGAUGUUUUUCCCGAAACUGCGUCCCUGUUCGAAGAUGGUCUCAUGCCCGUUCCGUCGAGCUUGCAAGGGCCGUUCGUCAUGAAGCGGCGCGAUGGUGGGGGAUCUUUCGACAAGCGACAUCCGAAAGAAAUCUUUGAGGCGGGGCAGUGGGGAGCGAAAAGCUUGCACGGUGGCGUGGAUCACUUGACGCGAAUGGUGUUGUUUGGUUCCAAUAAUUUUUAACACGAAUACAAAUCGAAAUUAUGUCGCGAUAAUACUAAAUCCCAUUUUUGUUUUGGUCUAGUCUUCCGAAAACCUAACGCAGAAAGGCUCUCGAUUAGACACGGGAACCUGUUGACGCAAAAAAGCGAU